GCGCCCACGUGACGCGCGGCGGUGCCGCCAUGAUGGCGGCGGAGAGCGGGGCCGGGCGCGGCCGCGCCCUGGAGGCGCUGCUGGAGAUGGGAUUCGGCGCGCGGCGCGCGGCGAAGGCGCUGGCGCUGACCGGGAACCGCGGGGUGGAACCGGCCAUGGACUGGCUGGUGGCUCACGAGGACGAUCCCGACUCGGACCCGGAGCUCCCGCCCGAUCUCGGCGCUCUCGCCGCCGCUCUGGCCCCGCCGCGCCCCGCGGAGCAGGACGAGACCCACAAGCUGCUGUCGGAGGCGGGGCAGGAGCGGGAGCGGCGGCGCCGCGGGCAGGAGCUCGCCAGGCUGCGGGAGUGGCGGCGGGACGAGGAGCGGCGCCGCGCGGCCGAGGAGCGGCGGCGGGACCGGGCGGAGGAGCGAGCGGCGCGGCAGAGGGUGCGGGAGAAGAUCGAGCGGGACAAGGCGGAGCGAGCGCAGAGGUUCGCCCCAGUGCCCCCAAACCCGGCCCCGGUGCCGCCCCAGGAGCCGCCGGCGCCGCGGGAGUACGAGCAGUGCCGGCUGCAGCUCCGGCUCCCCGACGGCCGCGCGCUCACCCAGAGCUUCCGCGCGCGGGAGCCGCUGGCGGCCGUGCGGCUCUUCCUGGAGCUGCAGGGGGGCUCCGGGGGGCCCCCCCAGCCCUUCAGCCUCCGCACGGCCUUCCCCCGGCGCCUCUUCACCGAGGAGGACAUGGAGAAACCGCUGCAGGAGCUGGGUCUGGUUCCCUCUGCCGUCGUCAUCGUGGCCAAAAAGGAAGGGAGCUGAGGGGGGGCACCCCCAAACCUCCCCACACCCCCAAAAAAAAACCCCAAAUAAACCCCAAAAAAACCCAAAUAAACCUGGGCCGUGUCUCGUCCUGUGGCCCCUCCCCAAAAUCA